CCACACUCCUCUCCAUCCUUUCCAUCGCCUCCUCUUAUCUUCUGUGAGAGACAGAGAAAACCCUGAAACAGAAAGAAAUCAAGCAAAGCGCAGUCGAACAGAGAAAGAUGGCUCCCCGGGAUAAGAGUAAUGGGGUUAAAGGAGUUGCGAAUGGUGGAGUUGCCGGUGGCGGCAAGGAGGUGCAUUUCAGGGGUGUAAGAAAGAGACCGUGGGGUCGAUACGCUGCGGAGAUCAGAGAUCCCGGCAAGAAGAGUCGUGUAUGGUUGGGAACCUUUGAUACGGCGGAGGAGGCAGCAAGAGCUUAUGAUGCUGCCGCCAGAGAGUUUCGUGGGUCUAAGGCUAAAACUAACUUCCCUUUAACUUCCGAGUGUAACAACACCACAAACAACAACAACCAGCAGAGCCCUAGCCAGAGCAGCACCGUUGAGUCUUCGAGCCGGGAAGGGUUUUCUCCAGCACCGAUGGUACCUUCCUCGCCUUUGAAACUUGAUCUGUUACAUCGCGGCGGUGGUAGUGCUGGUGGCGGCGCCGGUGGUGGCGCCGGUCCUGGUAGAGGACUCGCCAUGAGGUUCCCGUUUCAUCACCAUUCUCAUCCUCAUCAUCAACAACAAGAAGCUGCUGCGACGGCUGCGGGGGUUUUGCCGACAGGCCACCCCUUUUUCUUUUUUGACCCUUUCGUACGGUCGGAGAACAUGCCCAUCAAUAUGAACUUGAACAUGAACAUGAACAUGAACCAUCACCAUCUGAGGUUCGACCCAGUCGCCGCUGCUGCCAAUAUUCAGGCUGCAUUUUCUGGUGCGGGAGCUGGGGCCCAGAGCGAUUCCGACUCAUCUUCCGUUGUUGAUUUCAGUCAUCACCACCACAGUUCUCCUAGGGGACUCCUCGAUCUUGACCUCAACCUCCCCCCUCCGCCGGAAGUCGCUUAAUACUGUGAUUUUGGGAGCGUCACCGGUUCAGAUCGGACGAUAUUUUUAUUUCCAUUUCAAGUUCUUGCUCCUUUAUUUUUUUUCUAAGAAGGAAAAAAGAAAAAAAGAAAAAGAGAUAAAAGGCUGAGACCGGAAUUAUUAUGUUGUAAAUAUGUGAUCGGAACUUUUGUUUUGACCUCAGGCUGUUUUUUACAACUUGGAGAAAUCGUGAAUUUCUCAAUGUUGUUCCUUGUUACAGCUGCUGUUAACCUUUUAUUUUUCAAUUUUACUCUUUAAUGGUGUAUUUUAUGUUUUCUCUUCA